CCUCCACCCGCGCCCUCGUCGGCGCUCCGGCCUCGGACCCCCGCGCGGCGGGAUCCACCCAGGUGCGCCUUGGCCCAUGGGGCAGUGACGCUCGCCCCGCCCCCACCGCGCCAUGUGGGCCAACGCCAGCGCCUCAGCCGGGCCCUGCUUCCGGCCCACGGACAUCACGAACAUCACGGCCGAGGAGCGCCGCGCCAUCGCCUCGCCCUGGUUCGCCGCCUCCUUCUGCGCCGUGGGCCUGGCCUCCAACCUGCUGGCGCUGUGCGUGCUGGCGCGCGCGCGCAGCGGCCCCACGCCCCCCGCGCGCUCCUCCUUCCUCGCUUUCCUCUGCGGCCUGGUGCUCACCGACCUCCUGGGGCUGCUGGUCACCGGCGCCAUCGUCGCGGCGCGCCACGCCGGCCUGCGCGAGUGGCGCGCCGUGGACCCCGCCUGCCGCCUCUGCGCCUUCAUGGGCGUGGUCAUGGUGUUCUUCGGGCUGUGCCCGCUGCUGCUGGGCGCCGCCAUGGCCUCCGAGCGCUUCCUGGGCAUCACGCGGCCCUUCUCGCGGCCCGCGGCCGGCUCGCCGCGCCGCGCCUGGGCCACCGUGGCGCUCGUGUGGGCGGCGGCGCUGGCGCUGGGGCUGCUGCCGCUGCUGGGCCUGGGCCGCUACACCGUGCAGUACCCGGGCUCCUGGUGCUUCCUGACGCUGGGCGCCGAGCCGGGCGACGUGGCCUUCGGCCUGCUCUUCGCGCUGCUCGGCUGCCUGUCCGUGGCGCUGUCGCUCGUGCUCAACACCGUGAGCGUGGCCACGCUCUGCCGCGUCUACCACGGCCGCGCCGCGGCCCGGCAGCGGCCGCGGGACUGCGAGGUGGAGAUGAUGGCGCAGCUGCUGGGCAUCAUGGUGGUGGCCACGGCGUGCUGGACGCCGCUGCUGGUCUUCAUCGCACAGACGGUGCUGCAGGACCCACCGGCCAUGAGCCCCACCGGGCAGCUGUCCCGCGCCUCGGAGCGGCAGCUGCUCAUCUACCUCCGCGUGGCCACCUGGAACCAGAUCCUGGACCCCUGGGUGUACAUCCUGUUCCGCAGGGCCGUGCUGCGGCGCCUGCACCCCCGCCUCAGCGCGCGCGCCGGGGCCGUCUCCCUGCGGCCGCAGCCCCGCGCCGGCUCCGGGCGGCACUAGGGACGCUCGCGUGGGGCCCUCCCCCGGCUCUGAGCCGCGGGAUCCAGACCCCGCCCUUUUGAGGGGUCGGGGGGGCUGCGGAGAUGGGGCCUCCGCUCCCAGAAGCGGGGUGCCCCGACCCCAGGGGAGACCGCACCCCGGUCGGCGCUGUCUCGGAAAUGAAUUCGGACGCCUUGUGUC